CUGUUUCACAAGCAGCAGUCAGUGUCGGCGUGACAUUCAGCUCGUGUGUGUGUAACAUCAGAGGAAUCUCACAUUGUCAUGAUGCGACUCCUGAGAUCAGCUUUAACUCAACUACAUUUUCACAAACCAGCAAACAUCACGUUAAAACAGGUAUUGAUCAACAGCUGUCGGUCGUGUUCAAAUGGAAUCACACCGAACGAGCGGAUCCGGAACAUCGGCAUCUCCGCACACAUUGACUCUGGGAAGACCACACUAACAGAGAGGGUGCUCUACUACACCGGACGAAUAGCAGAGAUGCAUGAAGUGAAAGGUAAGGAUGGAGUGGGAGCGAUCAUGGACUCUAUGGAGUUGGAAAGACAGCGAGGAAUCACUAUACAAUCUGCCGCUACAUACACCAUGUGGAAACAACACAACAUCAACAUCAUCGACACGCCAGGUCAUGUGGACUUCACCAUCGAGGUGGAGCGAGCUCUCCGUGUGCUGGACGGGGCGGUGCUCGUCCUGUGUGCAGUCGGAGGGGUUCAGUGUCAGACGAUGACUGUGAAUCGACAGAUGAAGCGCUACAGUGUGCCCUUCCUCACCUUCAUCAACAAACUGGACCGCAUGGGUGCCAACCCCAACAGAGGCCUUCAGCAGCUCAGGACUAAACUCAAUCAAAAUGCAGCGUUUGUGAAUAUCCCCAUCGGACUAGAGGGAAACCUGCGAGGGAUUGUCGAUCUGAUCGAGGAGCGCAGCAUCUUAUUUGAAGGACCUUUCGGUCAGAAUAUUCGUUUUGAUGAGAUCCCAGCGGAGAUGCGUGCCGAGGCUGCAGACCGCAGACAGGAACUGGUGGAGUGUGUCGCUAACGCCGAUGAAACACUUGGAGAGAUGUUUCUAGAAGAGAAAGUUCCAAAUGUUGAUGACCUCAAGGCUGCAGUGCGCAGGGCGACUAUCCAGCGCUUGUUCUCUCCUGUACUGGUGGGCAGCGCUCUGAAGAAUAAAGGCGUUCAGCCGCUGUUAGAUGCAGUGCUCGACUACCUGCCAAACCCCACUGAAGUCAACAACUACGCCAUACUGAACCAAGAGGAGAGCAGUGACUGCACGAAAAUUCUCAUGGAUCCAACAAGAGACACAACACAACCGUUUGUUGGUUUGGCCUUCAAACUUGAGGCAGGUCGUUUUGGUCAGCUGACGUAUGUGCGCGUGUAUCAGGGCUGUCUGAAGAAAACUGAGUACAUCUACAACACCCGCACGGGGAAGAGGGUCAGAGUUCAGAGACUCGUGCGACUCCACGCUGACCAGAUGGAGGAUGUAGAGGAGGUGUACCCAGGUGACAUCUGUGCUCUGUUUGGCAUUGACUGUGCCAGUGGAGAUACAUUCACUUCCCGCACUAAUGCCAACCUCUCUAUGGAAUCGAUUCAUAUUCCUGAUCCAGUGAUCUCAAUGUCCAUGCAACCCUCUAACAAGAACGACACGGAUAAAUUCUCGAAGGGAAUCAAUCGUUUCACCAGAGAAGACCCCACAUUCAGAGUUCAUUACGACACUGAGAGUAAAGAGACCAUCAUCUCUGGCAUGGGUGAACUUCACUUAGAGAUCUACUCGCAGAGGAUGGAGAGAGAAUAUAACUGUCCAUGUGUGAUGGGGAAACCAAAAGUGGCGUUUAGAGAGUCGGUGACCAGCGCUGUGCCGUUUGACUUCACUCAUAAGAAGCAGUCGGGGGGUUCGGGACAGUAUGGUAAAGUGGUGGGCGUUCUGGAGCCGCUCGACCCCGAGAAUUACACAAAACUGGAGUUUAGAGACCAGACCAUCGGCACCAAUGUACCCAGACAGUUUGUGCCUGCUGUGGAGAGGGGUUUCAGGGAAGCGUGCGAGAAAGGUCCUCUGACGGGACACAAGAUAUCUGGAGUGCGCUUUGUGUUGGAUGACGGAGCGCACCACAUGGUGGACUCUAAUGAAAUCUCCUUCAUUCGGGCAGGAGAGGGCGCCCUCAAACAGGCGAUGGAGAAAGCUAAUGUUGUGAUUCUGGAGCCGGUCAUGUCAGUGGAGAUUGUGGCUCCGAAUGAGUUCCAGGGGACCGUUAUUGCUGGGGUCAAUCGUCGCCAUGGUGUCAUCACAGGACAGGACGGAGCGGAGGGGUAUUUCACACUAUACGCUGAUAUUCCAUUGAAUGACAUGUUUGGAUACUCAACAGAACUGCGCUCCUGCACUGAGGGUAAAGGCGAGUACACUAUGGAGUACAGCAGGUAUCAACCCUGUCUGCCGUCUGCACAGGAAGAACUCAUCAACAAAUACCUGGAGGCAACAGGACAACUGCCGGCCAAGAAAGGGAAAUGGAAGAACUGAACCAUCACAUGUGGUUUUAUAUAUAUAUGGGAGUUGUAUAUAUCUGAACAAGUCGAGCAAAUCUCUGUGACUUCCUCAUAAGAUGCUUGAAAAGAAAGUUUGACCAGAUAAGUUAUACAGUUCCUCCCCUUAUAAGGUCACAGGUCAUUUUUAAAGAUAAAGGCACAUUGCUUUUAUGAAAGCAGAAAUGACAAAAAAUGGCUUUGUUCAUGCACUGUAAAUGACUUUGUACAGCAAGUGUCGUAAUUAUGAUAAAAUUAAGUUUUAGCGGUG